CCUCAGUUCGGUUCAGCAGUGGCCGGUGGGGCGCGGUGUGCUGUGGAACCGUGACCUGAAGUGCGACCUGAGUUCAGCGAUUAUCGAUAGGUCACCGGGCGCCAGCCCCAGCGGCGGCCUCCGCCAUGGAUUAUGAGAAAGAUGACCAGGAACAACUGGUCGAAGACAAUCGCCCAAUUACGUGGAAAGAUCGCGUGUCGGACGCGCUGACAAGCCGGCCGGCUCUCUUCACCUACCUGACCGUCACGUGCGUCACCAUCGGCCUUCUGAUCCCGAUGUGGUUCCUGAUAUACUACCCGCUGGACCUGGAGAUGGCCAUCUACACCCGAGGCAGCUGCAUGAUAGCCACCAAGUACAGGUUCCCGUGCCUGGUAGGUGAAGAGAACACCACAGAUCUGACCUGCGCGCUGGCUGGCUGCUGUUGGUACGACGAAGAAGGCAGCGCAGACCAGGGCCCAGCCAAAUGUUUCCACUCCAUGCCGGCCUCCUACACGUACAAAAUGCACAACUCAACCGUGGGCCCCAACUCCAUCUCCGCCGACCUGACGGCCUACUCGUUCGCGGACGCGGAGGCCCGACGCGCGGUGCGCACCCCAUACAACAACAGCGCCCUGCCGCACGUCACCGCCUCGGUCACCAUCGCGGAGCCGGAGCGGGUGCUGCUCGAGAUGGGCCCGCCGCCGGCGGUGGCGCUCACCGCCAACUCCGACUCCCACCCUGUGUCGGUGAACGGCUCCGUCCUCACCAUCGCCUCCAACACCGGCCCAGAGUGGGACUUUUUCGCCGUGGUGUCGCGCACAUCCACGGGCCAGGCGCUGGUCGACACCCGACUCGGCGCCACCAUCGUCAGCGACCAGUACACCGAGUUCACUGUCGUGCCGGCCUCAACGGCCGUCUACGGCCUCGGCCAGGCCUUCCACUCGACGCUGAGGCGGACGUUCGACUGGCCGCCGCGCACGGCCAUGUUCGGCAGGUCGCGGCUCUUCUCCGAGGGCAGCCACCCGUUCUACAUGUGCAUCGAGCCGAGCGGCGACGUGCACGGUGUCUACCUGGAGACGUCUGCGCCCGUAGAGGUGCAGCUGAUGCCGGGCCCGAGCAUCACGUUCCGGGUGCUGGACAGCCGGGUGAAGCUGCACGUGCUGGCCGGUCCGACGCCGGCCGAUGUCACCGACCAGUACACCCAGCUGGUGGGCCGGCCGCGCCUGCCGCCGCUCUGGGCACUGGGAUUCCACCUCUGUCGCGAAGGAGACGUCGGCAGCUUUGACACGGUGAUGGAACAGAUGGUGGCCAGCAGGAUUCCGUUCGAGUCUGACUGUGUGGACGCCACCGCGCUGCUGCCGCUCGGGUUUGAGGCCUCCGAGGAGUUCCUCAACGGCUCGCAGAAACUGCACGGGAUGAACCGGCACGUGAUGGCCGCGGUCGCGCCGCACCUUCCCCUGUACCGCGACCCCGUGGGUGAGGAGAACACUGCGUACCCACCAUACGAGGAUGCCGACGUGCAGGGUCUCCUCCUGCGGAACGACAACAACACGGACAACGUGUACGGAGAGCUGUACGACCUGAGCAGGAACCGCACCUGGAAUGUCUCCUACGUCGACUACUCAAACCCAGCCACCGUGGGCUGGGCGAAGCCGCUCUAUCAGGGGCUGAUCACCAAUAACAGCAUCGACGGCUUCUUCCUGAUGCGUAACACUCCGACCAACGAUGGCGAAGACAUGUGCAACGACUCUCUGCCGUUUGUCCCGAACUUGGGCGACUCGAAGACGCUUUCCAACGGCACCGUGUGCAUGCUGUCCAAACAGGCGUCCGGUGAUCACCUCACCAGUCACAACCGCUAUGGCCAGGAGCAGACUCGCACUGUGCGCGAGGCGACAAAGGACACCUUCCCAAGUCUGAUGUUGACCAGCACCUCAACCUCGCCUGGAAGCGGAUCGCAAGGCGGUCAUUUUGCCACGGGUAUGACGGCGGACUGGACAAGCCUGUCGCUCGCGCUGGUGGAAACGUUGGAGCUGGGUCUGUACGGAAUCCCUCAGAGCGGUUACCCCAUCUGUGGCUCCCGAAACUCCACCAGCAUCCCGACGGACGACACGGAGCGGCUGGAGACGCUGUGUCUGCUCUGGUACCAGCUGCUGCCGUACCUGCCGCUGGCCGUCAGCCACUACGAGGCCGGCCACCUGCCGCGCAACCCCACGCAGAUGAGCUCGUCGUUCAAGCUGAGUGUGCUGGCGCAGGUCAGCCAGCGGUACGUGUUCAUUCCCUACCACUACACCCUGCUGGUGGAGGCCAGUCAGACGGGCGUGCCGCCGCUGCGGCCGCUCUGGUACGAGUUCGCGCAGGACAACGCCACCUGGGACAUUGACCAGCAGCUGCUGCUGGGACCGGCGCUGAUGAUCGCGCCGGCGCUCACCGAGGGCCAGCAGAUCGUCGAGCUCUACCUGCCGGGCUCCUGCUGGUACGAGUACUUCCAGGGCUUCCGACCGAAGGAUGACAUCGGCCCCGGCUGGGUGAAGCUGCCGGUACCCGCUCAGCAGACCCUCAUCUACCAGAGGGCCGGCAGCGUCAUUUUCAAUCAGCAAGCGUCCGAGACGCUAUCCCAGCAGCGAGUCGACGGCAUCUAUUCUGCCACGGUGGCGCUGACCUGCGAGGAGGGCUACCAGGCGUCCGGCACCCUCUACCUGCCGGGCGACGACGCGGCGAUCGGACCGGGCAGCGUUACCGUCACGGUGCGCGACAACUCCACCGUGGAGAUCGUCAGCGGCCUCAGCCGACCGUUCUGCGACUUCUACUACAACCACAACUACACCUCGGUGCUAAAGCAGGUCCAGAUAUUCGGCAUCACCGAGAGUGUGACGAACGUGACGCUGGCGCUGACGCCGGCCGGCGGCGCGCCGCUGCCGCCCACUGUACUGACCGAUCCGAUCCACCAGACGCUGGAGCCGCCGGCGCUGAUCGUGCAGGAUGUCAACCUGGACUGGUGCCGGUUCGAGAGAGCUGAGAUCACCUGGACCGUCGCCGAGCUGGUCUGAAGUCGGUGCAGAGGCUAAGAACGAGGAGGGCAUUCUGAAGUUGUAUUGACGAGAAUGCACGAAUAGCCAUUGAUGGUGCUAGAGCUGUAAUGCUAUGAAAGCGAUGGGGGCUCGGUUUUGCUGCAUUUAGUCAUGUUGGUGUUGAAUUCGGGAUGUGUCUUCCUUCUUUGAACAUAAAAAGAAAAGCCGUGUGUACCCAAACAAAAGAGGGAACAUUUUGUUCCCUCUUAAGCCUAUAACUUAUCUAAUGGAUUUAAUUAACUUGGUAUAUUGAUGCCGUCAUUAUCCAAGAGGAAUGCUCCCAAAUUAUUUGUGACCAAUCAUGGUACCUAAUAGUGGUGUCAAUCGAAACUUGAAUCUUCGGAAUUCCGAUUUUGUCCAAUGUCCAAUUCGGAAUUCGGUUGGACAAUGGCAGCAGGCUUUGGACAACUUUGGACAAUCGCUUGUUACACCUCAAUAUUUUUAAAAGAAGUCGUGUUUAACAUUGAUUGGCUAUUAGAAAGCUCAGCUUUCGAUAUGAUUAACACUUUCGAGCUUGUAACGGUACAUGAAAAGCAAAUUAAAUAACAGUGUUGAGUGUAAACUAUUGCGUAGGUGUCAGACAUCUUUGGACAAAUGGCUGGCUUGGACAUUUUUGGACGGACAAUCGACGUAAGCAUUGGACAUUGGACAGACUUUGGACAUACGUUUUCUGAAAUUGACACCACUAGUACCUAUGCAGACAUUGUCAACUAACCUGUACUGCAUGAGAGGCCGAACAAAUGUGAGGCUUUAUUAAUGUCUUUUUAUAAAUGAUAUGUAUGCCAAUGCACUAUAGGUAUCUAAUAAACAUGAUAACACCUACACAUGUAACAACAUACUCGUACGUAUUGUUACAUUACACUUCUUGAUGUGCAGCCUCGCUUUCAGUUCAUGCCGAGAUGAGCGUGAUUCUUCUUUCGAAACACGUUACAGUUUAACACGUUAACCCGUCAAUCGUUAACGUAAAAAAAAAGAAAACACGUUAAACACUUACCUUCGAGUGCAAGAGUGAUGUGUGAGUUGUGACUAGUAUGAAGUGCAAACGUUGGCGCUCCCCUUAGCCCGACGUCAUUUCACGCAACAUGGUCUAACACGACGACG